AUGAGUGAUUCAACUCAAUACACGAUUUUGCUUGCUGCUGAAGAAUCAGAAGUAUCAUACAAAGCGAUUAGCUACGCGUUCGAUCUAUGUUCAAGAUUAAAUACACCUUAUAGUUUAGAAAUCGUCUACGUCAUUGCACUGAAUCCAGAAACCAAUGUCCCGUUUUUGCAUAAUUUGGAUAAAGCCAACAACCUUGAUAUCCUUUUGGACGCAAAGAAACCUAUAUCUAAGGUUAUGGAACGUUUGAAGCAAUGUGAAAACAUUUAUCCGAAUGUUAAAUAUAAUUUUAAAGAACUCGAAGGUCAUGGAGUAGUUGGAAAGAUUUUAAAAGAUUAUGUUGAAAAUCAUAAGCCCGAUUUAAAUUUAUUAGUCGUUGGAUCAAGAGAACUCGAUGGGCUACAAAAGUGA